UAUUUACAUUACUAGCAUCAAGAACUCCCGGCUUUACAAAUUUCAGACACUUUCUCUUGCUCUGUCUCCUGAAUAAUUCAACUGCAAGAUCAGCUGGAUUCAAAGUGCAUUCAACUUCAUCAAUUUUAAUCUUAAUCUAUGCUGAAGGAGAAGAUGGAAAAUAUGCAUUAUGCUGAGGAGCUAGUAAGAGAAUUUCUUGUAUUCAGAGGUUUCACUAGUACACUACAAGCUUUUGAGAUGGAACUAAAUAUGGAUGUCGGGAAAGGUUUUCAAGUGGACAAGAUACUCGACUUGAUUUUCUCAAAAUAUAUACCUAAGUUUGAGGCUGAGAAAUUGGUUGGCCUCCUUAGUUUCUUUAAGCAGUGUAUUUCUUCCUCCGAGACAGUGUUUUAUGCUACACUGUCCAAACUGGAGGCCUCUACUCUCCGCUAUUAUAUAGUACAUGCUGUGCGUUCAGGAAGGAAUGACAAAGUCAAGGAGUUUUUUGAUAUGUUGGGUGAUGACUUGCAGCAAAAAGGAGAUGAUUGGACUCCAUGGUUUGCUAUGCCCUACCUAAAGAAUCCUGCUUUAGAUCCUCAGUUUCGCAUUUAUUUCUCAAAGGACUGGCUGGAUGCUUUGCAUCUUUCACUAAGGAAUUUUCUGAGCCAGAUGUUUAGUGGAACUCGCAUUCCUGCUUUAAUGAAGAUAAGUACUGAGAAGAACACUAUCAACCGUCUCAGAAAAGACAUUAAGCAGCUAAAUUUGAAGUUAUCACAACUUCAGGCUGUCCUGGAAGAAAGGGAGGCUCAACUACAUCAGCUUAGACGUGGUACUGUGUUAAUGGGACAAGAAGAUAACUCUGUGCAAAGUGCUUCUGUGGUUUCUGAAGAGGCAAGUCUAUCCACUACAUCUAAAAGUGAGCUUGAAACUGGAUUCAAGAGCCAUGAAGUGGUUGGAUGUUCGGAUUUGUCCAAUACGACUGCCUACAAUGCUGAUCAUGCCCCAAGUUCUUCUGGAAAUCCACCAGUUAGCAAUGAUCAUAAUGGAAUCCAUGUUUCCAAAUAUGGUUUAUAUAGUGAAAAGUCGGCGGUGGUCCUAGGUGAGGAAAAAUUUUCAGAAGUAAAAGUGCAGUUCCAGGAAACAUUUCUGGGGCAUACAAGUCCCAUUAGUAGGUCCCGCUUUUCAGCAUCUGGGGAUAAUAUUGCAAGUGCUUCUACAGAUGGAACAGUCAGGAUUUGGACAUAUGACUCAUCCACGCCAGGAUCUAGAAACGCCACCAUAUAUUGUGGAGCGGAAAUUCUGUCUCUUGACUGGGAUUGUAAAUCUGAUCGCUUGCUUCUGAUAGGCACUGCUGAGGGAGGCAUCAAGGCAUGGAAUGUGGAUGCAAAAAGAGUCGUUUGUGAUCUCAGCACUGGUCAAACAUUUCGAAGGGUACUAGAUAUAAAAUGCAGCCCUGUGGAACCCAUUUUUGUUUCUGCAGCUGCAUCUGAAGGGGAUGAAACAACAUAUGCUAACACCAUGGGAUAUGCUUCACUAAUUGUUUGGAACAUGAAGACGUGGAAGCCUGUGACAGUCCUUCCGCUUGGUGAAGAUCCCCCAGCGAUAACCUCUAUGUGCUUCAAUCACAAUGGAAAGAUUUUAGCCGCUGCUGCUGUUGAUGGGAUGAUUCACAUGUUUGAUAUGUCUGCGGGUCUGCAAAUUACUGGAUGGCCAGCUCAUGAUUGUCCCAUCAGCUCCAUUCUUUUCGGACAUGAUGAGACAAGUAUAUUUACUUUGGGAUCGGAUGGAAAAGUAUUUGAAUGGAGCUUACAAAAUCAAGGUCGAGUAGUCUGGUCAGCAGAUUGCAGCAGGUUCUGCAAUCCUGAUACCUCGAAACACUGCCGUCAUGAAAUGGCGCUGGACUGUACUGGAAAGAGACUGCUAGUGACAUCUGAUUUAGUACGAUCACCCAUGUAUCAGGUUGGAGGUCUUGCAAACGGAUUAAAAACUCUACCACACAGUGCUGCUGUGACAACUGUCGAUUGGCAUCCAACCCUACCUAUAUAUCUUACUGGUUCUGGUGAUAAUUCAGUUCGUGUUACAUCCAUUUUGUAAGAAUUCAUUUUAAUGCCUAAUUGGGCAAUAGUACAGGUUCUUAUCUGUUCUCUAGUUACAGUCUUAAAGGUAUGGAAUUUGGUUUGGAAAAUCCUUUUUUUCUUCUUGCUAUAACUAGAUGCAUAUUUGUUGGAACCUUUUUUUUUUUUUUUUUUUUCUUUACUCAGCAAAGAUGAAUUUACAGAAACCUUUAGUGUAAUGUUUUUGGUUCUUGAAAUCAUUCAAGUAGUAAAAUAAUACCCAUCCCCUGUCA